CCUGUGCUUUUUGUCCAUCAGGUGACAUGAGUUCCCGCCACUACAAGCCUGAGAUACGUGUGAGUUGCCUUCGCUUCUCCCCCACUGGCCGGAGCUGGGCGGCCACCACAUCAGAGGGGCUGCUGAUUUUCUCUCUGGACGGAUCCGUGGUCUUUGAUCCGUUUGACCUGGACGAGGAGGUGACGCCGGUCAGCGUGCGCCGUACCGUGCAGCGGCAGGAAUUCACCGCGGCCGUGGUCAUGGCCUUCAGACUGAACGAGAACUGUCUGAUCCUGGAGGUGCUGGAGAGUGUGCCCCACACCGAGAUUGGGGUGGUGGUGGCCUCGCUGCCCGCUGUGUACGUGGAGAAACUGCUGCUGUUCGUGGCCUCAGCGCUGGAGACCAGCCGUCACCUCGAGUUCUUCCUGCUCUGGGCCCAGAGGCUGCUCACACAGCACACACACACGCUGAAGAGCAGGUCAGGCCAACUGCUCCCAACCAUCCACGCUCUGCAGAAGAGCCUCCAGCAGCAAUUUGACUCCGUUUCCAAGCUGUGUGACUGGAAUCGCUAUAAUAUGCAGUACACACUGGCUCUAUCACAGCAGCGGGGGCUGAAGCGCAGGGUGGAGCCCCCUGGGGGCAGCGAACAGGACUCAGACAUGGACGGAAAGUGACUUUGAGUCUGGAGCGGCAGAUUACAGCUUCCCUGGGACAGAUGAGUUACCGCAAAACAUGCAACAAAUUUAUUUAAUAUCACCAGCAACUUUUACUCUUGUUUCUAAUCUGUGCUGUCGCUGACCUGGGAAUGUGGACAGACAGCGUAGAGGGAACUUUACUCUUGUUUCUAAUGCUGACCUGGGAGUUUGAAUGGAUACCAGAGGGAGCUUUACUGUGUCUCCUAACCCUGAUCCAGGAGUGUGGACGGACAGUGUAGAGGAAGCUUUACUUCACCCCACUCUAACCCUAAUCUGGGAGUGUGGACAGACAGUGAGUGGUUAAAAUCCUCAUAUGUACAUAAUGUGUAAUAAAGUGUUUCUGUUUUUA